AUGCGCAUCUCCUCCGGCUAUCCUCCCCGCCGAACACCGCCGCCGCCGUGGCCACCUCACACUCUCAGCCGCGAGACGAGACGCGUCACUCAGGGGGUCAUGCGCGGGUUGAGACGCUCAGUCCGAUCUGCUCUGACGCACGACGGAGACGCAGUGGUCUCCGCCGCCGAAAUUUGCUAUAUUGAUAAACUUGCCAUGCCUCGCCCUGCCUCGCCUCGCCUCGCCCCGUCUUGCCCCGCCUCGCCUCGCCUCGCCUCGUCUCGCCCUGCCUCGCCCCGCCUCGCCCUGCCUCGCCUCGCCCUGCCUCGCUUCGCCCUGCCUCGCCUCACCUCGCCCCGCCCCGCCCCACCCUGCCUCGCUUCGCCCUGCCUCGCCUCACCUCGCCCCGCCCCGCCCCACCCUGCCCCACCUCGCCUCGCCUCACCUCGCCCCGCCCCACCCUGCCCCACCUCGCCCUGCCUCGCCUCGCCUCGCCUCGCCUCACCUCGCCCCGCCCCACCUCACCCUGCCUCGCCUCACCUCGCCCCGCCCCGCCCCACCCUGCCCCACCUCGCCCUGCCUCGCCUCACCUCGCCCCGCCCCACCCUGCCCCACCUCGCCCUGCCUCGCCUCACCUCGCCCGCCCCACCUCACCCUGCCUCGCCUCGCCCCGCCCAACCCUGCCCCACCUCGCCCUGCCUAACCUCGCCCCGCCCCGCCCUGCCCCACCUCGCCCUGCCCCUGCCAUCACACCAAAAAAAAAACAUGUUUUAA